AUGUCUGAGGAAGAAGUUAAGAUAAUGGUUGAAGAAGAAGCUAAGGGUUUGGAUUACAUACCUGAGGUGAUACUGAAGAAGAGGAAGAGCAGAGAUGUGCUUGCUUUUAUCAGGAAGAAGCAACAUGAGUUGGGAAAUUUCAGCAAGAAGAAAAAGAAAGUUGCUGAUAUCAAACAGCCCGAAGACUUCGUGCUUGAGUUCAGGGCUAAGUUGAGAGUUAGAGGAAGAAGAUUCUUAAGUCAUUCGCAUCUCUCUCACUCUGAUUCUCUCUCUGUUCAUUUUCUCCAUUUAUACAUUUCUUCUCCAAUUCUUCUUCUCGUUACGGCCAAUUCCUCCAGAACAGAACAAGCGAGGUCAAUAAGUAAAGUUGGCUUAGCUGGUGAACAGAGAGGUUUUGGUCUGUGGUUUGGAGAAGAAGCCAUGAGCCUUCAAAGUGUAUCAAAGUCAAGCAACGCCCUUGAAGGUAUCUAUGGGGUUCAUGUCGUGUCUCAUUCACCUUUCUCAUACGACCGGACAACCCAAGUCGGUGACUUUCAGACCAACUGUGAAUCCUCAGACAUGGGAUCAAAUCAGCGACUGUUCAUCGAACGUGUUUGGCAACAACGACCUCCAUGCCUAAGGCCAAUCCAUUGCAGCAUCCGCGGUGACCAAAGUUUCUUAGAAACAGCUGCUAAUGUCGCUACUUCGCUUCCUUUCAUUGUCCUCGGGAUGCAGGCACCAAGGAAGAAUUUGAACACAAAAGUGUACGCAAACUCCCUAAUUGGAGUUGGAAUCGCAUCGAGUUUGUAUCAUGCCUCUAGGGGAAAGUUGAGGAAGUACCUGAGAUGGCUAGAUUACACAAUGAUAGCCACAACAACAAUCUGUCUCUCAAGGGCUCUAAGGAAUGAGAACCCAAAGUUAUUGAUGGCUGCAUCAGCUUUAGCUCUGCCGUUUCAGCCUCUCAUGGUCUCUGCUGUUCACACCGGAAUGAUGGAGGUCGCAUUUGCUAAAAGAAGCUUAAUGGAUCCCGAUCUCAAAACAGCUCAUAACGUGCACAAGAUGUCUUCGUUACUAGGAGGCGCCUUGUUCAUAGCUGAUGAUUUCUUCCCCGAGACACCUUUCCUUCAUGCCGGCUGGCACCUCGCUGCAGCCAUUGGGGUCGGAACAUGUAAUAAGCUUCUUGAGUAG